CAGGAGGUGGAGGGAGGACGCAAAGAGGGAGGGAUUUCAAGUAGCUGCAGCGUGGCUUGCUGCAUGUCUGAAUGAAAGAACCUCUCUCUCUCCUGCUGUCUGGACGCAUGGCGUCCGUUCGUUGCAGCUAGCGAGCACAUGUCCAGAGAAAACAAACCAGGAACAGCCUUUUUUUAAGAUGGAAGACAACAUUUGGCUGAAGUAACAUUUCCUUCUUUGCAUGGUUUAAACCUCUUUUUAAAGGGCUGGAUACCAUGUGGCUGCUUUUGUAAGGAUUGCAAGUGUUUUGUUUUUGACCAUUUGUCAUUUUAUGGCCUGAGAAACUCCUGUCAAGAUUGAAGAUCAAGGGCUGAAUCUGAAACAUUGAGAACUUUGGGCCCAAUAUCCAUCCACAAACCACCUGGGCAGAUGCACAGCAGAUUUCCAUAAGAAAAAACAAGACUUGGAAACCUUUUUUUUUUUUUACCUUUAGACAUCAUUUGAACAGCUUGUCGUUUAGGCGUGAUAUGCGGAGUCUCCUGGGUGUACCGUAGGACAAUUUGCAAACAGGUGUGAUUAGUAGUCAGUGUUUUUGAUGCACACACGCAAAGAACUUCAGGAACAUCAAUGCUUUGCAAUCAACUGUCAAUGUACCUCACUUUAAUAUUAGUGAAACAUGUAUAUUCUCUCAUGAAGCCAACUCACGUUACAGUUGUGUUUUUAUUUGCAUCUCACUUCACAUAGCACACUUUGCAUUUACAAGCUAUACUGACGUAUACGUUAUUAUCAGUCUCGCACUAGAAAUGAAAUCAAACUUUACUGAACUCAGUGCUGAAAAAAUGACCUUACCGAUAUGCACCCGGAACCAACUUCACAACUUCCCCGCUCGCCUUCUCCUCACCAUGCUGCUGCUGCUCAUCCAGGUGAGGUGGGGGGGUUGUCAUCCCCAGUGUUUGGACUACAAGCCACCAUUUGAGCCUCGGCAGCCACUGCUCUUCUGCAAGAACUACUCCAAAUUUGGAUGCUGUGACGAAGAAAGGGAUUAUCAGCUGUCAGUCAGGUUUUACACCAUCAUGGAGAACUUUGAUCAUUCUGGUUAUGUCACCUGUGGAAAUUACAUCCGCAACAUUCUCUGUCAGGAGUGUUCUCCAUACGCUGCCCACCUGUAUGAUGCAGAAGAUGCAAACACACCCAUGCGGGUGUUGCCUGGACUGUGUGGCGACUAUUGUCAUGGCUACUGGCACCAGUGUAGAUACACACUGAGCCUCCUCCUGGAGGACCUAGGGAACCCAGGACAGUUUACAAACCUGACGGCCACAAUAGAAGAAGAUCAGAGAAGGUUCUGUGAAUUUCUGGAGCUGAAGGAUGUACAAUACUGCUACCCUAACGUCUUGACAAACACAGAACUAAAUGCUAAUCUGGGUUUGGUGCAAGAGGAUUCUGAAGGCUGUCUGGAGUUAUGUUUGCAGGAGGUUGCAAACGGACUCCGCAACCCGGUGGCUAUGAUCCACGCAGAUGACGGAACACAUCGUUUCUUCGUGGCUGAGCAGCUAGGCUAUGUGUGGGUAUAUCUGGCCAAUGGCUCCAGGAUCGACCGUCCAUUCCUCAACCUCACACGCGCUGUCCUGACAUCACCUUGGGCUGGAGAUGAGAGGGGAUUCCUCUGCAUGGCUCUGCACCCAAGGUUCACCACAGUCAGGAAGGCCUAUGUUUACUACUCGGUGUCUGUCAAGAAGGAGGAGAGGAUACGCAUCAGCGAGUUCACACUGUCAACGUAUGAUGACAACCAACUUGACCACUCCUCAGAGAGAACCAUCCUUGAAGUGGUACAACCAGCAUCCAAUCAUAACGGGGGCCAGCUUUUGUUUGGCCAUGACGGAUAUCUGUACAUCUUUAUUGGGGAUGGUGGUCGAGCUGGGGACCCUUUUGGAAAAUUCGGUAACUCGCAGAACAAGUCAACCCUGCUUGGCAAAGUGCUGCGAGUGGAUGUCAAUAAUAAUGAUGAUGGCGCCCCUUACAGCAUCCCUUCAGAUAACCCAUUUCUGGGAGAGAAGGAGAGCCUUCCAGAGAUUUAUGCUUAUGGUGUGCGCAACAUGUGGCGUUGCUCUAUUGACCGUGGUGAUCCGGAAACAGGCUUUGGUCGAGGCAGGAUGUUUUGUGGUGAUGUGGGCCAGAACAAAUUCGAGGAAGUCGACCUCAUCUUUAAAGGCGGCAACUAUGGAUGGAGGGCAAAAGAAGGCUUCAACUGCUAUGAUCGCAAACUCUGUCGCAACUCAUCUCUGGAUGAUAUCUUGCCUAUCUUUGCCUACCCCCACAAGUUGGGCAAGUCAGUGACAGGUGGAUACAUCUACAGAGGUUGCCAAAUGCCCAACCUCAAUGGACUCUACAUCUUUGGGGAUUUCAUGAGUGGGCGUUUGAUGUCCUUGAAGGAGGAUGUGGCCACAGGUGAAUGGCAGUACAAUGAGAUCUGUAUGGGAAGAGACAAAACCUGCAGAUUCCCCAAACUCAUCAACAGCUACUAUAAAUAUAUCAUCUCUUUUGCAGAAGAUGAAGCAGGUGAAUUGUAUUUUCUUGCCACGGGUGCCGCAAGUGCAACAGCCAGAGCGGGAUUCAUAUAUAAGAUAGUGGAUCCCUCCAGGCGAGCUGCACCGGGUAAAUGUGGCAUCAAGCCUUUGCCAGUGAAGAUAAAAGGAAAACUUAUACACUUCUACCCAAAAGAAGAAUUUGUAAUCAACAAGAAACCGACCACCACGCCUGUUCCAACCACAACCACAAGGAAACCCCCUCCAACCAGAAAACCACCAAUCCGAAAAACUACAACAUCCACGCCAACAAGAAAAGCUUUGCCCCCUCCACCAACAUCUACCACGACAAGAAAACCGCCAAAAAAGACACCGACACCAGCAAUAAAAACCCCAUCAACAACCGCCCGGGCAACCUUGGCCGCCACCAUGGUCAAAGCCACACCCACUGGUUAUCGCUCAGCUGUCCACACUGCAGCCUUCUCUGGGAUUCAAACCCCAACCACAACUUCAACAAGGAAACACGUGAGACUCCACCCUACUACCAUUUCCCGACCUCUACCCUUCCCACAGCCUCCUCCUCCUCUGUCCACCAAAAAAACCUACACAAGUUUGACCACUGCACAUUUUCCUGAGCAUCAAAGAAGGUUUACCACUCCACGACCACCGUAUUGGCCCACAACCUUUAAGCCCCAGAGACCCCCAAUAAACGCCACUCAGACGAAAACCCAACAGGAAAAGCUCAUCUUUGGGGAUAAGACACGCAACACAGAGGAAGGGGAUGGCAACCAAGUGAAUAAGAGGCCCACGGUAGGAGGCAGAGGUUAUGGGUUCAAGAGAGUACGAACAGGAGGUAGAAGGUUGCGUGUUGGCUCGGUUCGACUGGUGAGCACAGACGGUUUAUCAGACCGAGGCAGAGUUGAGAUCUUCAUCCGUGGGGAGUGGGGGACUGUCUGCGAUGACCUUUUCACCACAAAGGCCGGUACCGUAGUGUGUCGGCAGCUCGGCUUCAGGACAGCGCUGGCAGUGAUGAAGAGGGCCGGGCUGGGCCAGGCAGAUCGCAGCGUCAGGAUUUUCUUGGAUGACGUGGAAUGCGAGGGUGGGGAAAGGUCCCUGCUGGAGUGCAAGAGAUCCAGAGUUGGAAAGCACAACUGCUCACACUCAGAGGAUGUGGGGGUGAUCUGUGGUUAGAAAUGCUGGGAGACGUGAGUGGGAACACCGGGAACAUACAGAAGAGUCAACACUUGCUUGAAAAUGUUCUAUUUUCCAGAUCGAUAUUUAAAUUAUACAAGCUUUAAUUUCACAUCCACUUACAAAAAAGAUGUCGUAAAGUUCAAACUGAUACCAUAAAACACCUCACAUAAUGUAGGUGAGUACACCUGUCAGAUUUCGGCAACCAAUUUUAUUAAAGUAUGUCUUCACAAAGAACAAUGCUAUAUACAGAAUUCCUCCGCCACGCCACUGUUUGAAUUUCGCUGCUUCACUCUUUCACGGUUUUUCAAAAAUAUAUUAAUAAAUUAUGCUGUUUUGUGGUUGAAUACGGCCUAUUAUUAGCACUUUAAAAAAAAUGCACGUUUAAGCAAAUCGUAUACAUUUUUGUUGGAAUUAAGCAUUUUCAAGCAUAAAAAUGGCUAAAUUACCUAAAAUACAAAUGUAAGGCAUUGAGAGGACGUAUUCUAUGAUGUCGUGAUAUAUAAUAUUCUACACUGGUCACUAGGUGUCAGUGAUAUUAUAAUAUAUUCGGUGAGAAACACCAGACUUGAUCCGCAGAACAACAAGCUUUUAUCGCAGGUUUGAAUUAUCUCACAACAACAAUAAUCCCUAAAACGGGGCCCCUGCUGCGCCGUAACCCACACCAAGCUAAAUAAGGAAUCCUACUUAGCAGAAAUUCACUUAUCUCUCUAUAUGGAACCAAUUAACUGUGAUAAACAAGGGAUUACUGUACACAAAACUUGGCUAUCCAUGAAAGUAGUACUUUAGUGUACAACUUGUAUAGCAGUGUAAAUUUACUCUCAACUGAAGAUUAGUCAACACGCAGCUAUUAUUGUCAAAUAGUGAAAAUCAAGAUUUGUGUCUUGUCGAGUGUCAAGCAAUUUGGACAUGUUUACUGUGAGGCGUACUCACUUGUGUCAUCAGCUAUUUCGACACUAAUAGCUUUGUGUUGACUUAUUUUCAGACGGCAGUAAACAUAUACUGCUAUCAGGGAUGUCCGAUAAUAUUGGCCAACCAAUUUAUCGACCGAUAUUGGCAGAAAAAUGAGUUAUCGGUUCAUAUUGGUAUUGUGUUUUCUGCCGAUAACGGUGACUCCCCCCAGUAACCAGCUUGCUAUCUCAGUAUGUGCACGGUCUGGAAUUUUUUCCUAAUUUCACCUUCUGGUGGUAAAUAUGCAAUUUGCAAUGAUUGUAAAGCCUUCCGAAGGGUGAGCAUGGCAUCUUUCAAAUGUUUCAAAUAAAUACGGCACUUUUUCCAAUAACUUACACUGCAUACUGCGGUAUUCGUCUUAUUUAAAUUCAGUGUUUAUUUGCGAAAUGCAUCGAGUGGCUUCACAGUAAAAGAAGCAUAUGUGUGCAUUCAUUACACACGGUGUGACCUAACAUUAGUUCGAGGGAAGAGCUGCUGCGAAUAUCAGCAUUGGUUGAUCGGUAUAGUUAAUGAAGUGCUGUACAAUAUUGGUUUAUUGGAUGUUGUUAAGAAAGCCAAUAUCAAGCAUCUCUAACUGCUAUACAAGCUGUACAGUGACUACUCUAAAGCAUAUCCAUGUGUCAUCUGGAUAGUAUUGUCCCGUGAGAAUAUAUACUGUCAUAAAAAUGUUGCUGAAAUGUGACGGGUGUACGCACUUAUGUAUGAUACUAUAUUGGUAAUUGUAGUUAUAGUCAACUCAUGUUUGAACAUCGUCACAGGAACUCUAAAAGAUAUCAUAUUGAUCAACAUACUGUAUCAAAACAUGAGAUGACCCAUUUUUUUACUGACUCUUUCUGAAGAAAAAAAGACAUUCUUACAUUCAGGUCAGUACAGGAUAUACGACCAGGAAUAUCUGCCCGUUGUCGAUGCUGUUAGUUUACAGUAUAAUGAUAUCAGAGAGGAUAUUUCUAUUUUUAUACUAUCAAAUUUCAGCGGGGGUAUCUUCUGA